GGAACCCGGUGCCUAAUCUCAACAACUUUCACAAAGUCUUGGAAGCUCCUGGUGCCACACAACUUUGAGCAUUUGCGGAAACUUCAAUGGCUUCUGCACUCAUGGCUUCUCAAACCCUAAUUCUCCAAACCCCUACCUAUCUUCAACCUCUCACCUCUGUUGCUCCAACCCAUAAUCGAAUUCUCCUACCACGAACCCUAUCCGCGCGGUCACUACCCACUCUCUCCGCCAAAUUUCCCAACAAAUCGCGAGUUUCGGCUUCAUCCCAGGUUGCCCUGCCCACCCGUUCAUCGGAUGACCUGAAACUGAAAAUCCCCGCCGAGUCGCUGCUCACCGGGCCAACCCGCACGAUCGCAACCCUCUUCGUAUUCGCGCUUGGAGUCUCCAAAGUUGUGGCCCACAAAGUCCUCGAUUUGGGUCUGCAUCUGAAUGGAUUUCAGGGACUCCAGCGGGCUUUGGUGUGCUCUGCGGGGCCCCUGUUUUUCGCCGCAAGGAGCUCGCUUGAUUCCACUGCUUUGAAUACGCCGCUCACCGUGGUUGCUGCGGGGAUGGCGAAAUGGCUUGAUAUCUACAGUGGGGUUUUGAUGGUCAGGGUUUUGCUCAGCUGGUUUCCGAAUAUACCCUGGGAAAGGCAGCCAUUGUCAGCCAUUAGGGACCUCUGUGAUCCGUAUUUGAAUCUCUUCAGGAACAUCAUCCCCCCUGUUUUUGAUACUUUGGAUGUUAGUCCCCUUCUGGCUUUUGCAGUAUUGGGUGCACUUGGUUCGAUCCUGAGCACCACUAGCACUAAGGGUCUCUGAGGCGAAUUGAAGGAGACACAUGAUUUUUGCAGGCACACUUGUAUCCAGUAAGGAUUAAAUACAAUACUAUGUUGAAUUCCCUCGUUCUUCCCUGCGUGUAAUUGAAAUUUGAGGCUGUAAUGGUUUUGUAGUUCCUUGGAACUUUUUAUUCAAUCCUAUUAGUGAUUUUGGCAUUUAGCUAUUCAGAUUUUGUUGCAUUUGGUUCUUUUCCUUAGCAUCAAGCUCAUAUUUGGCACUGUUAAUUAUAUAAAUGUUAUGUAAGAUAUCUGAAACUCAAGAAAUGAAUGGAAAUGAAUACAUUGAGCAUAA